GCAGUGAGUGGAGUAAGAGAAAGCAAGAAAGAGGAGAAAAAGAGGGUGAUGGAGAGACUGGGAAAGCCGAAGCUGGAAGGCGAGCGCGCGAGGCGAGAGGCUCAGCAACCGCUCCACAGGAUGAAAGCGAGGAAGAAACAAACAGGUUGUGGAUUUGGGCUGUGCCUGCUUCUCUCGCAGGGAGAUUUGGAUGGGGGAGGCUGAGGCAGAGGAGGAGGAGGAGGAGGAGUCAGAGUUUAAAGAGGAAUCACUGGGAAAAAACGGCUUUUGGGAAGCCAAGAGCAAGGAGGGCUCUCCCUGCUGCUUUAACCCUUUUCACUUUUACUGCCCUCUCAGAGAAGCAUCCUGGUUCCCACCCUUGCCCGCUCCAUUUCUGCUUUCCAGAAGAAACCAAAUCCUAAAAGGAAUUAGGGAAUGCAAUGAUGGGUUGGGAAAGAAGCUAAGAUAUUAAGAGGGUCUCCUGAGAGAGAAUAACAGGUAUUCUUUUGGAAAGUCAGACCAGGGAGCUGAGAUGUCAGGAUUCUCUGGGAAAACGGUGAAAUCCAGAGUGGGUAGGCUGAGAGUGCUUUUCCCCGCUGAGGAAGAAGGGGGUUGAGGCAGGGAUGAGAUGGGCAGCGUUGCGUUGGCAUUCACGGUGGGUGAAGAUUCUCAGGUUCAUCGCCAUAUCCUGGCACUCUGAAGAGAGCCUGUUUUCUUACUUACGAGUUCAGAGUUCCCUGUGACAAUUCUUGUGGAAGCAACCUGCCCUUUGGCAGGGCCCCUGUCCCAGUCUUGUUAAUGAAUUACUUUCGGACACACACUGUGAGAGGGAUUUCUAAAGGAUGGCUAAGCCCCAGUUAUAAGACUGCCCCAACCCACAAGGCAGAACCUAGGAGCUGCCAGCCCUCCAGACCUUCAGCCACAAAUCCCAGAGAACCCAAGAAUCUGGGGCCUUCACCCUCUGCCUAGACACACAGACACCCCCUCGGCUGUCUUCCAUACAGAACAGAACUGCUGACCCCACUCCUGAACUCUCCGAUAACAGAGUGAACACAACUUCUCUCCCAGAGAACCCAGGAGUCCUGCCUGAACAAGACUGGGUGUAACCCAGGUGCUCAAGCUGUGUGCACACCUGAUAAAAUGGCCAGGUUUGCCUCUCUGCUGCUUCUGCUGCUGGUGGUCUUUUCUUCCCUGUUCUCAGAAGGAUCUGGAGAAGUGGAAGCCAAGAAUGGAACUGAUUCCCAGUGUCCAUCCCGGAAGAAGAACCCUUUAGCACUGGCAGGACACAAGUGCCAGAAAAGCUGCAAACUCCAGAAGUGCUCUAAAAGCAGGAGCUGUGUCUGUGAUGGGAACUGUGGACUGAGCUGCAUCCCUUCUGGCCUGAGCUGCCCGUGGCCAGUGACGAUUGAAAAUGCUGAGACACGCCUGGUUCAGGACUCUUACAUGUUUGGGGCCCUCAGGGAGGUGAGGUGCGUGCCUGGAUUUAGAAUGGCCGAGGGCCAGGAGCUGGCAGUGAGCCGUUGCCAAGGAGAUGGGAAGUGGAGUUUUACAGCACCCUGUGAAGAUGCUCUUCGUCUCCCAUCCCUCUGCAAACCUCCACCGGAGAUUGAAAAUGGAUUCCAUGAAGGGGGACCCUACAACACAGGGAAGAGAGUUCGUUACUGGUGUAACUAUGGAUAUCGUCUAGAAGGGGCCGACUCUCUCUUAUGCCAAGAAAAUAAAGAAUGGUCACACCCAGCUCCCACCUGCCACCCUGUUAACUGCUCCCGGCCCCCACAAAUUGCUGAGGCAACCCUGGUAGCUGUGCACCAGUCUGAAUACCCGGUGGGAACGGUCAUCUAUUAUUUGUGCAAAAAGGAUUUCUUCUUAGAUGGCUCCAACAGAGUCGUUUGCCAGGAGAAUGGAAGCUGGUCCCAACUGCCCUAUUGCAGAGCCCGCUGUCCCAUCACUGCCAAGAGGAGUAGGAUGAUCUACCAUGGGCGCAAACUCUGGAUCUAUGAAAUCCCAGACCACCUGGUCCAUCAUGGAGAAACUGUCACAUUUUUCUGCCUAAGCCAGAACAGGACAUGCAGUUUUAAAGCUGAGAGUCGAUGUUUUGAUGGUGUGUUGAAGAUGCCUGACUGCUAUGAUGAGCCUACCUAUCUGCAAUACCACAUGUUCCCUCACAGACUUGUAUCUGAAAUACAGACUUGUUGAGCAUCCAACCAACCUUCUAUUCCUUGGUGAGAAGCCUCCCUCUCCUUCUGGUUCAAUUAACAUCCCGGAGCUGCAGAGAGGACAGAUGGAAGAAGAAGGGAUCAGUUCAGCCAAUUACAUUUAAAACCAACUACAUGAAAAACAGAAAUUAAGUCUGGGAAUUUACAUACCUUGAUAGGCGACAGCUAGGUAUUUUUAUCUUAUUUAUUUUCUGUCUCUGUUGUUUCCUGGAUGAGCACAAGAGAUCCCUUUCAGGUCAACCAAACCCAUAAUUUAAUUUCCCUUCCAUCCUUUUCUUUUGAAUCUCACUUGAACUAGACAUAUGGCUGGAUUGGCAAGUCGGCAAUAAAACAGUGAUGCCACUGGAGGACUUUUAAACGUGAAGACAGCUUCAUUCAGAGUCCACCAUGUGCAAUAACAUUUAGUGGUUAUAUAGCACGUGUCAAAUAUGCUAUGCACUUCACAUACAUUAGCUGCUGUGGUCCCAACAGCAGCCCUGGUAGUUAUUACUUAUCCAGAGCUAACCUAACAAUUUAGCCUGCCAAGACGACCUAGUUGGUAUGCGACGGAGGCAAAGUAAACUUAAGCCACAAACAUCCCAGCGCAAAUUGUUAGGCAUAACACUAUUCCAACUCCCUGUAUAGUUGGGCAAAAGGGAUUGUACUAAGAAAGUGUAAACAAAAAAGAAAAGCAAUCCAAGGCUGCAGUUCUAUGCAUUCAUACUUACAAAGCACCCAAAUGAACUCAAUGAGUUUUACUUCUUAGUAAUCGUGUACAGGACUGACCUACGCUGCAGGCAAAGCACAGAACGUGACCUCAGAUCAGCGAUGCUGGAACAAACAAGCUGCAGCCAACAUAAACAGUGUCCCAGGCUCCUAGCCUCCAGGGUUCUCUUCAUGGUGGCACGCUCAUAUCACACUAAGAGAAUGGACGCUCUGUGAAGAUCGGACACUGGAAAAUGAGCCUGAGAUAAGAGCAAAUUUAAAGCAGAUACUCUUGGAUGCUCAUGUAAAUGGAUUUGUAUAUAAUAAACUGCAAUUGUUAUACA